GAGCUUCAGAGUCGCAAAGCGGUUAAAAAUGACCUCUUAUUUGAUUGAUCAAAGGAACUCAUUUGAACUCGACGCAAAAACCGCCUUCAUACGGGCGAUCAAGUGGAAAUGUAACGUUCAGUUCUACAUUUGCGAGGAACUCCAACUCGGCAAAAAGGGGAAGAGGUAGUUUUGUUCAUGGAGAGGCGAGAAAAGAGGAGGAGAUGCUUAAUACGUUUGGAUGUGGCGGUGUUAGUUCAUGGGGGAGAAAUGGGAAAAGUGAGAGUAGUUUCAACACAGCUGUGAAGUCGCAUUCUAAUUCGCCAAAAGAGUCAUCAGUGGAGCUGCCACCCAUUUCCAAAACCGGUCUGAUUCUGGAAGAUGCAGAUGACAUAGAUUACUCAAUAUCAACGAAAGGGGGGCAUAAAACAGGUCGGAACAAUCUUGCAUCCAUUUCGGACAGUUUCAAACAGAUCGGAAGACCAACUGAAACAACUAAGGUUGAUCGAAGGGCUUAUAACUCAUUCGCGAGGAAAACGAGGGACGCGCAGAGAGAAGAAAUCGCUCAAAGGCCUGCGCGCAAAUUCAAAACAGUCGUUACACCUCUAAGCUCGGCAAAAGCUAGCGCUCAGAACUCAAAUGUCGAUGGCGGAGACGCUGAAAGGUUCAAAAAAGCGAGAUACGUGCUGCUUCAAUCAAAGCGACGAGUAGAAGAUAAUACUGAAAUCAUUGAAAGAUCCAAAGGGGGAUCUACCGACAAUGGAAAACCAAACCAUAGCCAGGAGGAAUCGGAGGCUCAAAGAAACUCGGGUAGUCCAACUAAUUUUGAAGUUAAAAGGGAUCAACUGGCAAUUCAAAAUGAAAUGGAUAAACGGAAUCAGGAAAAUCAUGAUCCUUCAAAUGUUAAAACUGAAACAAUGACACCUUUGCAAAGAUGUAUCACAGCUAAGCGGAAAAACAGAGAUAAAGAUAAAAAUGAGUUUGUUGUUGAGAUAUUCAUGAAAGACCAACAACCUGAAAAAAAUGUCAUCGAUUCUGAAGACAAGAAACAGAUGGCAAGAACUCAACAAUUCGAAGAAAAUAAAAGAUUCGAGCCAGGGAACGAACUACCCGAGAAGGUACAAUCUGGAGAAGGGCAAACAUCAGCCGACAAAUCCCAAGAAACAAGAGAAGAUAAUGACAAAACAAUUAGCAGUCUCGAAACUUCGUCCGAAAUUGAAUCAGAAGCUACUAAACCAGAGUCAACGGCUGAAUCACCGCAAGUAGAGAGUGAAAUACCAGAGAAGACGGAGCCAGAGUUUUCAAAACCAGUAGUAAAUGUAUCAUCUAUUGGCUUCCACCAGAAGUACGACGAAGACGUAAUUGUUCAGACAGAAGAUGUCUUCAUUUCAGGACUGAGUUUAGACGAAGGGAACAAGUUCGAAUCUAGCCCGAUCACAGUUCAAGAAGCAAUCAGCAUCAAAAAGCUACUGUUUGGUGACGUGGCAGGUGCCUGGAUGAGAUCGUGGCUGAACCAUCCGAUCAGGAUGAGUGGUGCAUUCUCAGUUGACCUAUGUCACUUCACUCCUUCGGGAAUAGUAGCCGCUCUUCAAGCAUACUACAUUCAUCACCAUUUCUUCUUCACUCAGUGGAAUAAAGAUACGAAUGAACUCUGGCGUCCAACACAGCAGCAGAAGAUGAAGAAUUUGUCUCGAGCAGUGGCUUCUAUGAUCGCACAAUGUGCUCAACCCUCCAACUCUCAAAGUGGCACUGGCGCCCCCCUAAUAUUUUGUAGUGCCGCCCCUUCAGUGCAGUAUAAAUCUACGAUGACCAUGCCUCAUGACGGAAUAACAGAGCGGAUUGAAAAGUUCAUGUUUGGAAGUUUCGAGAGCCUGGUCGAGUUUCUGGAUCUGUUCCUACCACAGCUGAGUGGAUGUAAAUACUUUCUGGUGCUACUUCUCUACUCUGUGCUUCUCUCCAGGUCACCAUACAAUGUUCGGCAAGACAUGUUAAACAUGGGUGAUCCUCUGUUAAACGAUGGUCGCUGUUCCCCCGCUUUGAUGUCGCUUUUACUAACUGGGGUUGCGUCUCCUUGUUGGCUGAAUGACUGCGUUGAAUUGAGAAAUGAACCCGAUACCAGAAGGGGCGUGGCAAGUAGAGUCAACUGUGGCAUCCUCACAUGCAGACAUACUAAGAAAAAGGUCUUGGUUGAGAGCAACAUGAAGACUCCUAAGUUACCAAUCUGGGUAGCCGAAGUGGCCGCGUGGCCGAAAUUGUUAACUCCAACUGCAGUAACACCAAGAAGUCGCCAUAAGAUGAAGACGAGGUACUCAGUUGUGUUCUGUAGCAACAGAAGACUGAUUUCUGACUGGAAGGUGGAGAGACACUUCGAUCUGCAUUGGCUGCUAGCUUGUCCAUUUCAAGUUGAAAAAAUCAAACUGACAGUUGAUGCACGAGCCAUGGUAUCAUGGGGAGAUCUGACAGAAGAUGACUUCCACUCUAUCGAAACUACAAUUAGAACAAAGUGGAGUGACAUAGAAGUGGAUUGGAAUGGAUCAAACCCUUCGGAUUUUGGAUUCAUACCUAACUCACAAACAGCUGUCGAAAAGUUCAAAUGAAAAAUCCAUCUAUUUAUUGUCCAUUUAUUGUAAAAUUUAUUUAAAAUUCGAUAUCAAAUGUAAAUAGCCUACUUUGUAAAUAGCGUUGAAUUGACAAUUGCUUACGAUGGA